UCACCCGGUUCAGUCCUAGACUUUGGAAUUCACUGUUGCCAUGGCAAUGGAAUAGAACACGCUCUCUCGCUCUCUCUCUCCUCCCGUUCUCUAUUGCUUUAUCUCUCUCUCUUUCUCUCUCUUUCUCUCUGUUGCUCCAUCUCUCUUUCAUUCUCUCCCUCUUUGGGAAAUGUAGAACCAGCAUUCUGAUUUCUUUUCUUUGGACCUGUCAUGAAGAAUCUGUUGGGCUGAAUAGUUGAUUAAUAUUCUUUUGGUUGUCAGGUUUUUAAGGACUGCUAUGGUUAUCCUCUGAGAAGGACGACAGCUAGCGGAACCUCACUCACCCAGGGACCUAGCAGAGAGAACAAGGGUGAAGAGAAAGAGAAGGCAUACGAAUUAAGGGUGAAGAGAAGUGAGGGAGGAAGGAGAGAGAUAGGGAGAGAGAUAGGGAGAGAGCCAGUCGAUGGAUGCAGCUUGGAGAGAGGGGACCCCACCACUUUCUCCACUGACGAGGAACACCUAGCUACAGACAAAAGGCAUGGAGGCGAAAGGCAGACACAUGCCCCCAGCCAUGGUGUGGUGCGAGCGGGGCAUCCAGGUUCUGCUCACCACCAUGGGGGCCUUCGCGGCCUUCGCCCUGAUGACCGUGGCCAUCGGCACCGACUACUGGCUCUACGCCCGGGCCUUCAUCUGCAACAGCACGGCCAACUCGUCUCAGGAAGACCCCAACAACAAGGACAAGAAAGACCCCGGCGCGCUCACACACUCGGGCCUCUGGAGGAUCUGCUGCCUGGAAGGGCUGAAAAGCGGAGUGUGUUCUCAGAUCAAUCAUUUCCCUGAUGAUGCAGACUACGACCAGGAUGCUGCUGAGUACCUGCUGCGCGUAGUUCGGGCCUCGAGCAUCUUCCCCAUCCUGAGCGCCAUCCUGCUCCUGCUGGGCGGGGUGUGUGUUGCUUCCAGCAGCUUCUAUAAAAGCAAGAGGAACAUCAUUUUGGGAGGGGGAAUCCUGUUCGUGGCAGCAGGUCUAAGUAACAUAAUCGGUGUGAUUGUGUACAUCUCGGCCGCUCUAAGCGACAUCUCUCCUAAGAAGGACGAGGAUAAGAAGUGGCACUACUCUUACGGCUGGUCUUUCUACUUUGGCGGCUUGUCCUUCAUCCUGGCUGAGAUGGUGGGCGUUCUCGCCGUGAACAUCUACAUCGAGAAGAACAAGGAGCUGCGCUGCCGAUCCCGCACCGACCUCUUCAAGACCACCACUCACGCCAUGCUCCGCCUCCCCAGCUACCGUUUCCGCCGGCGUUCUCGCUCCAGUUCGCACUCCACCGACCCACCCCACUCGCGCGACGCCUCACCAGUAGGGGGCGCCAAGAGCUUCACCCUGCCGCCCUCUGCCCCGCCGUUCUCCGUGGCCACCCUGCCCAACCCCCACCACACCAGCGGUGGAGGAGGGGGGGAUAUCUCCAUGUACACGCUGACCAGGGACUCCAAGCUGGGGAGUCUGGGAGGAGGAGGUCCCCCUCUGUACGGGACGGUGGAUCGGGCCACGCUCUACCAGUUGCACAACUACUUCCCAAAAGAUGGUGGCGCAGACAGUGGAGGAGGAGGAGUGAUGAUGAGCGGCACCCUGCCGUCCCUCUCCAAGUCCAACCUUGCUACCUCGGCCCAGAAUGCACCUGUGUCUGCCGCACCGUUGAAUACCUCAACCUCCUCAGGCCCCGCCCCCUCUCAGCCGCCCACCUCCACCAUGGAGCGUGACAGAGGCAUGGCCACGCUCGAUAGGCUGACGGCCAAGCGCGACAGAGAUAGCAACUCUGACACGUUGAACAGGAGAACCACGCCAGUGUGAACUGCGGAUAGAGAGAGUGUGGAGGGGGAAGAGGAGGAGGAGAAAGGCUGACUGGGUGGCAUGCUAAGCUAAAGCUAACACUUAACAGCUAAUCGCAUUCUGAAGCCUUCGUACUGCUGCCAUAAUGAUUUAAUACGGUGAUACAAGCAGUCAUAACAACUAGUGUACGUUCAUGACAACUGCCUUAACCUGGUCAUGACCCACACUAUGGCUUUCAGUGCCUAGUUACUUAGUUACCCAUUUAACCAAUUAGCUAGUUAGCUAGUAGCCAUAGUUAUCUCCUACACAGUUAAAUGCCAUAUUAGUGAUGUACAGUAUCUGUCUAUGUAAUGCUUUUGUUGUUAUGACUGCUUCUGACAUCCAUCUUGCUGAAGGCUGUACGAUUACUUCUGUAAAGUGUUACCAAAAAGGGCUGUAGAGUAGGUAAAGUGGACUUGGAAGGAAUGAGGGGAUAAGGGGAUGGGGGGAGGAUGGAAGUAGUGUGAAGUGCAAGCCUCUCUCUUUCGAUCCAUCUCUAUUUCACUCUAUUUAUCCUAUUCUACAGACUAGAAAUAAUAAAUGUAUAAUUAACAAUAUUAUUGAGUAUUAGAUUAUUUUUCAAACAAACAUCAUGUCUGUGGUGGUGAUCUUUGGGUUGUCUUUCAUUCCGAGUGCUUGAUCAUCGGUUACACAAGAUUGUAACUUUCUCUUGACUAUUACCAACGUUGCUGUUGUUUUUAACUUAUUGUAGUAAACGUUAUUGCAGGGUAAAAUUUGUACAUUUUAGAAAUAUGAUUUUUUGUAUUUUUCUAUUCCUUUGAAGUUGAGGAUUUCAAUUGUUUUUGUUCACUCCAAAUCUAACGGUAUCAUGUCAAAAGCAUGUGCGCCAAUGUGAGUGUGAUGUUGAAUAUACAUAUUAUUAAUAUUAUUACAUACUGUUAUCACCAAUUUACUUUUUGCUGGCUAUUGAUUUGAUUGAUAUAACCAACGUAGCCUACUCAGUGUUUUCUAUGGUUUCUGACCACUAGUGUAUUAGACGAUAUAAUUUAUAUAAAUCCGUUUAUUUUCGUGAUGGUAUACGUAGGUAUCCUUAAUGUUAUUGUUUCCGGUUCGUACUGCGUACCGUUUGUUUGGGCAAGGAGGGCUGAGAGAGCCUGUCAACCUCUGAGAGCAGAAGUAUCCUGACACUCACACCGUGACUCCACGCUGUUUCUUAAGUGAGAGGAGUACAUUUACAAUGGGAAAGCAAUACAAUAUUCUGAACCUCACUGAGAAAAGAACAAUAAAUAUAUGAAAUAAAGAUGAUUAU